UUUAAACAGCACUGGAAGCAAAUGUGGGAAGUUUAAAGUGCACAGAAAAGCCACAAAGCUCUGCAGUGCAUCACAGAAUGGGCGGGGACACAAAGACACUGACUUUUCAGCAUAACUGUGAUUGCAGCACAUUAGCAGCCCCAUGCAUAUGCGGAUUGACAUUUUAUUUUAGUAGAGCUUUGUGUGAUUACAGUGCCAGCGUUUCCCUAUAAACUAUGCAAAGUGGUUACAACUCUUGCAUUGUGCAUACAGCUUGUUGGUGUAUAAUUACACCCUUUGCAAUACCUACACUUAACACACAAAGCAUACAAUGCAAACACCCUGGGCCAGCUGCCCUGUUAUGUUUCAGGUUUCGUGCUUUGCAAGCUACUGGAUUUCCUUUGUGAUCAGUUAACUAUGUAUCUAUGCCCAUGUGGCGCACAUGGCGCACACUGACAUAUGCGCACCGAUUACCGACUAACUGGAUAAUCCCAUUACCAGACACAUAAUUACAGAGUCUACAGUUGCGAGCAGUGACCGUGAAUAUGAAUAUGAGGGCAGAGGUCACGCCGAUCAGGCCACAGACGUGCAUACGCCUGCAGUAUCGCUCUGUCUGGUCAUCUGAUUGCUGUGACUGAAGGGUGUCGGCUCCUUUAAGAAAACGGAACUGAAGCCUCGGCUUUUGACGCUGCUCAGGAUGUGGGCAGGAAACGCCAUGCAAGAGCAGUGAAGCGAUCACGCUUCACGGCUGCCGUUGCACAAUACAGCGCUAUCAAAAAUGUGUCUUAAUUGAGCCCGCUGAUGCCCAGGAGCGGCCAUUCUCCCCGGAUCCGUGCUCCGCGGCCCUUACAGCGCACGAGAGGGCGAUUUGCCGGCGUGGGAUUUGAGUCCUAUCCGAGCCAGAGGGCAGCCUUCUCAGCCUGCUCGGCUUGAAAACAUCGGGGCUGGCCAGCGGGUGGCAGAGAGAGGAGGCUUCGUCGCGGAAAAGGAGGUGUCUGCCUUUUCUUUUUUAAGAAUAUAUAUACAUAUACCUCUCCGCGGCCAUGAGGGAGUACAAAGUGGUUGUUUUGGGGUCGGGCGGAGUCGGCAAAUCCGCGCUCACGGUCCAGUUCGUGACGGGCUCCUUCAUCGAAAAGUACGACCCCACCAUAGAGGAUUUCUACAGGAAGGAGAUCGAGGUGGACUCGUCCCCGUCGGUGCUGGAGAUCCUGGACACGGCGGGGACCGAGCAGUUCGCCUCCAUGCGAGACCUGUACAUCAAGAACGGCCAGGGCUUUAUUCUGGUCUACAGCCUGGUGAACCAGCAGAGCUUUCAGGACAUCAAGCCCAUGAGAGACCAGAUCAUCCGGGUGAAGAGGUACGAGAGGGUGCCCAUGAUCCUGGUGGGAAACAAGGUGGACCUGGAGGGGGAGAGAGAGGUGUCUUCCGGGGAGGGCAAGGCUCUGGCCCAAGAGUGGAACUGCCCGUUUAUGGAAACUUCAGCCAAAAAUAAAGGAUCAGUCGACGAACUGUUUGCAGAGAUAGUCAGACAGAUGAACUAUACAAAUGUCCCCAGCGGUGGAGACAAGUGCUGUUCAUGUGUCGUGCUCUAAAAGACAAACAAACAAACAGAAACUGUGCAUCCGGGCUGUUUGAGCUUUCAAAGUUGUCCUGCAGGCUUUCUUUUUUGUUUUGUUUUUGCAAACGUAUUCUCUCUCCUCACACUGUUGUCUUAUUGUUGCACACAAACACACACAGACACACACACAAAAUCCACGACAACAAUCAAAUAUGUAUCAUAUUCUGGAAAAGUGUUUACAUGACAAAGUACUUGAAUGUUUGGGGAUUUUUUUAUAGCUUUGUAUAUGACACUUCUCUGGAAAUGUGCCUCAGUGGGGAUGUCUUAUUGUGAAACCUAAGAGACACGUGAUUUCUGGUUAUUUUUGUGUUUUUUCUUCUUUUCAGUUGUACUGUUUAUAUCUUCUGGGCUGGGUUCUUCUGUCUUGGAGACUGGUUGUUCUUGUGUUUUGGGGCUAUUACACCAAAUCCCUAGGCUUAAAUGGGAUUGUUUACCUUUAGGGUCUUUUGGCUUUUUGGAAGGCCUGAAAGUGUUUAAAAAAAAAAAUUACAAAUCUGAUGAAAUUAUCAGUCACCACUCAAGCCUUGACAGGUUGCUCAAAUCAAUGUCACGUUAUCUCUCCAGACAGUAAAGCGUGAUCCCAGAGGCACAGACCCACCCGCUAAUACUGAAGCCGUGGACUGUGGUGGAGUUCUUUUGCCAGCAAAUUCUUAUUUGUUUUCUCCCCGCCCCCCCUCGUCUCUGGUUUCGUGAAAGUGGAUUUACCGUGGAACUUGCACUUAGCUGACGGUGUCCCUCCCCAGUGUGCACAAACGAGGACCUUAGUGCAUUGCUGUCGCUGCAUGGGGGACGCCGUGACCCCAUGUCAAGUGCCUUUCUAAGAAAUCUGUGACUGUGCCAACUCAUGAGCCCUACUUCCUCUGCAGUGCGUCAUGAUGGCAAUCAGAACUUUUCUAGCAGUUUUCAAUUUACAGUCUAGUUUCACUUGUGCUGAGAAUGAGAGGCGCUUCUUCCUAAUUUACUGUAAGGAAGCUUCGCUUGUCCUUGACCUGCUGUCCAAAGGGUCAGAUUCAGGCCGUUUCUUGAGGUACUACUCCAAGAAGAACAACAGAAUAACUUUACUCACUGCGAUUCUGGUUCAGUGAAUGGAAGCCAUGUCUGUAUGUAUUAUCUAGCUGUUUUGUUUUUUUUUCCCUUUCUAAAAUGUGAUAUUCUUUGACUUACCAUAAUUGUAUUUCUCUCUUUGGACAAUUCUGCCAAUCCAGCUGUCAGUUUGGAAGACUUGUAAUACAAAACAGAUUUUACGUAACGCUGUGUGCUGUGCCCGUCUGUGCUGAGGAUGUGUAUAUGCGUUAUACUUUCGGGGUGUUUUCAAUCUGACUCUCACUGUAAACAACUUUAGGGCUGAAACAGGUAGUUGAUUAAUCCAUAAGCAACCAACUGAUAAUUACAAAUCACUGAUAACAUAUGAACUGUGUAGUGGUGCACGUAAAGGGGUAUAGGAUGAGCUGUAAAAUGUAAAUAAGAACAUGAUGCUAUGAUUUGCUAAUCAUUUAAAAAAAAUGUAAAUUAAAAGUAAAGCAAAGACAAGUCAAACAGAAUUUGAUUUUUAUGUGGAUAAAACAAUAAUUUUCCACUUGGAAUUUGAUGCCAGCUGGUUGCAAAAAAGUUGUGACUGUGUUGCAUCACCUCCUUUUUUUUUUCUUUUUUUCUUUUUUAACACUUUUAAGUGUUUGGCAACCAGAGAAGACAAAAUGUUUCAUCGUGCUUGCUUGAUAUAAGAAUUAAGCAGUUAAGUGCCAACUUUGUCAUAUAUUAUUUUAUAUGCUGCCAGAUGUUUUGUCUGGACUAAAGCAAGGCCAGGUUUGGCAUCCAUACUCCUACCACAAUCACUGGUGAUGGAUUUCAGAACAUGUCGCUUCUGCUGCAGAAUGUUCUGUAUUAAAAUGCAGUGCCUCCUGCGGGCCUGAAAAUAACAGCCAUUCAAUAAUUGUUUCCAACACUGAUGCACGUGCAGAGGUUUCUUUUUUUUUCCAGAUUCUCAGAGUCUUUUAGCAACGCACAGCUUUUCCAGUUUUUUGUCACUUCUAUCCCUUAACUAACACACACACACACAUAUAUAUACGUAUAUGUAUGUGCAACAUUUUAGAGCUUGUCUUUGUACUAUUUGCACAUAUAACAGUGUUUAAAUGAUUUGCAAAUUAGUGCAUUGCGCUUUUAUUUAAAUUUUACAGCGAUUUGAAAGGAACUCGCAGUGAAAGUCCGUGGGAUUCAGUGGGAUGUGCAAAUGGGAUCUUUCAGUUUUGUUGCUUUGUGUUGGUCACACAAAGCAAGUGAUUUAAGGAUGUCAGUGAAUCUGUCAAGCAUAUUUUUCAGUGCUUUUGGAUUUUUAUACAUAUCAAUAAAAUAUUGAUUUACA